AUGGUCGAUACAUCUGGUAACAGUUCAGACUCAGACAUUAUCCAUUCAACCACGACCACACAGGAGACCAGUAGACCUGGGGUGACGACUCAUUCAAAAAAUGAGGAAGGCAGAGGAAGCGCACCAGGAGGGGGGGUAUCCUCAGACCCCAAGAAUAUUCCAGAGGGGGAACAGGACACAAAUCUGAUUAUCAACCUCAGCGAACAUGUCCUAACCAGUGAUGAAACAAAUGUUCUUAACAAAGGACUCUCUUUUGUACCAUCUACAAAAGAGUUGGAUGUAGAUUGGGAUGAUCUUUGGGACCAGUUUGAAGAGAGAAGAUACCUGAAUGCACGCAAGUGGAAACCUGGAGAAGACCCCUACAAAUUAUAUGCUUUUAAUCAACGUGAAAGUGAAAGAAUUCCCAGCAACCGUGCUAUAAAGGAUACUCGCCACUACAGAUGCACUGAAUUGCGUUACCCGUCAGAUCUUCCACCUACAAGUAUUAUUAUUACAUUUCAUAAUGAGGCAAGAUCCACUCUUCUGAGGACCAUUCGGAGUGUUUUAAAUCGAACACCUAUGCACCUUAUCCAUGAAAUUAUAUUAGUGGAUGACUACAGCGAUGAUUCUGAUGACUGCCGGCUACUCUGCAAGCUACCCAAAGUGAAAUGCUUACGCAAUGACCGGAGGGAAGGCUUGAUCCGGUCUCGAGUGAGAGGGGCUGAUGUCGCUCAGGCUAGCGUUCUUACGUUCCUGGACAGUCAUUGUGAAGUAAAUAAGGACUGGCUUCUUCCCUUGCUACAACGCAUUAAAGAGAACCCAACAUGCGUGGUCAGUCCUGUCAUAGACAUCAUAAACUUGGACACCUUUGCAUACAUAGCAGCUUCUUCUGAUCUCCGAGGGGGUUUUGACUGGAGUUUGCACUUUAAGUGGGAACAGCUAACUGUGGAGCAAAAAUCCAAGAGAGAGGACCCCACUGAGCCCAUCAAGACUCCUGUCAUAGCUGGGGGAUUGUUUGUGAUAGAAAAAUCCUGGUUCAAUUACUUAGGAAAAUAUGACACAGCCAUGGAUAUCUGGGGUGGAGAGAAUUUUGAAAUCUCAUUUCGCGUUUGGAUGUGCGGUGGAAGCUUAGAAAUAAUUCCGUGCAGUCGAGUGGGGCACGUUUUUCGGAAGAAGCAUCCUUAUGUUUUUCCAGAAGGAAAUGCUAAUACUUAUAUAAAAAACACUAAGCGUGCAGCUGAAGUAUGGAUGGAUGAAUAUAAAAAGCAUUAUUAUGCAGCAAGGCCAGCCGCUCAAGGGAGACCAUUCGGAGACAUCCAGAAGAGACUGUCACUCAGGAGGAAUUUAAAGUGCCGCUCCUUUCAUUGGUACUUGGAGAAUGUUUAUCCAGAACUGCAGAUUCCAGAGGAACCUUCAGCAAAAUCAGGAAUUAUCAGACAAAGACAGAGGUGUAUUGAGUCUCAGAAGACAGAGGGGCAGGAUUCUCCAUCACUUAUUUUAGUGCCAUGCAGUAGCCUUAAAGGAGUGUCUACAAUGUCUCAGGAAUGGACGUAUACUCAGGGACAACAGAUCACACAGCAGGAGCUGUGUUUAUCAGUACUCACAUUAUUUCCAGGAACACAAGUGAUACUUCUCCCUUGUAAAGAAGGAGAUGGGAAACAGAGAUGGAGUAAAGUGGGGUCACAUGUUGAACACAUGGCAUCUCACUUUUGUCUGGACACAGAAAUCAUAGGAGACGCUGAUGAUAACAACAGAGAGAUUGUGAUCAGUCCGUGUGACUCCACAGCUAUCAGUCAGCGAUGGGAGAUGGUGCUUCAUGAUUCACAUUAAGGACACAAACCAUCUGAGAAGAAAA